AUGGCCUGCCUAGACAGGUGCUUUAGCCCUGUUCCCGCCUCCGAGUUUCUUAACGUUGUUUUGCCAUCGGAGCAAGGUGAGUGACGGAGUGAUGUCUGUCUCCCUAUAAGCUAAUUCGUGCACCGGUCACGGUCGCUGCACCCGAUCGAACUGUCUGUCCGGCACGAGUCUCCGCACAUCCUCACCCACAUGCGUACGGAACACCUUAGAGGGAGGUCCAAACGCAUCGUUGACCAAAACACCCAAAACUUAUCACCGGUGGUGUGAUAAACUCCGACAGUCAAGUGGGCCAUUGGCGAUGGAAGAGGAGCUAUUGGCGCCAUUACUGGGGCCUCCAUCCUCACAGCAAGUCGGCGCAAUCCUAACUACAGUAAAUCUGACGCCAUCAAAUCCAUCACAACGAGCUAUCAGUCGUGGCCGGGAAGAUUAACGGGAUGACUCGGACCUUCUGGGAACUGCGAGUCAGACAUAAACGACUCCCUCCUAGGGUGGUCUUUUUGGCGCUCUGCUGCGUGCGAUCCAAAACCUUCCUCGUAAGCACGGAAGGGCCACCCAUCUACCGCCUUCUAAGACAGAUCACGCCUUUACCGCCGUUUUUGGGCUUCAGUCUAGGGCCUUCGUUGACAGUUUUGUCAUUUCCUGCCGUUCUUGCCUACUUCAGCUUCGUACCGGGGACAAAAUGCUUCAAAUUUCCUUCUUUCUUCGGGGUUUGGUUCCUGUGAGGCUGGGGUUCAGUUUAUCUGUGGCAAAUGCAGAUGGACUGCUUAGCUUUUUCAGUCACCGGGCUCUAGCCCAUCUCCAGUCGUCCAGACUUGGAUCAAGAUUAGGUAGGAUAGUUAGGGUGAGUCAAAUGCAGCACAAGUUCGCUUCAUUAAAUGUAAACUCGGGUGCAAGUCACCACCUCAUCCUCCGCGUGGUAGCGCUGAACUUCAUGGCUUGAUACCGUCAAGCUACCGCAAUGCGUGCGUCCUCGCACGCUAGCUGGCGCAUGCAUGAAAUUACCAAUCAUCGUUACUAGCUGCCCAGCUCGCUGCUGUAAACAAUUCUGCUUACUAUGAGCGCACGUUUUUCACAAACAUUGCUGUUACGGAUGAAAUCGCGGCCUGGAUUUCCAAAGCCCGUCUGCCCUUCAGCGAUCUGUAUUCUUUCAUACUGUUCCUCUGUGGUACCCUCCCCAACAAAAAGAUGCAAUUAACAAACUGUCCUAUCGACCACUCUCCCACGUGGCGUGAAAAUUUGGGCCAGUUAGAGGGUGCAUGACAGGCGAUGCUCGCAUGUCAGCACUGCUUAUAAAUUGGUGGGCCUUAUCAAAACUGCUGGGUGAACUUUCAUGUUCGCAUCCUGAGGUCUACACAGCUAGCGAGAAAUGACUGCGAUGUUUGGUUUUCUUGACGUUUCUGUCCCUACCUCACUUUUCCUUCGUCCGUCUUCUUUUUAUGUCUAGUAUAUUCAUUGUUGAAAACUGAUGCUUCGAAAUGGGGUAGCAACAGACUCAAAGCCGGCUGAGGGCUUGUAAGUGUCCGUCACCUGUAGAUCUUCCUCCGUCUCCUGGCCUGCUCCGUGACCUUUGUCCUUCUUGCAGAAGCAACUAUACUCUCGCCAAUAAUAUUUUAAGCUUAGCAAGCCACUUUCGUUGCGACUUUCUACCUAAGGCGGAACGCCAUCUGUAAAGUAUCACCCUAAGUAAGCAUUGGGGGCAGCGAUGAAGCAUUAGCCAGCACAAAAAUAUGAAUGACGCAAGGGAGGAAAGCAUCAUCGGCCAGAUCUGGUCCCCACUUCGAUUAGCCAGCUCUGCCCAAAACCCUGACCUCGCUGUUUCUGCAUUCAUUUUCUGCACGAAUUCAAAUCUGUUGUAUUCUUCUCACUCGUUAUCUCUCUUAUGAAGCGACAGGACGCAGCUGAAGAGCCGUCGCGACAUUUUUUGACACCAAUAAAUCCUGCCCUUCUUGCCUACUUCAGCAUCGUACCGGGGACAAAAUGCUUCAAACCUUUUUCCUAUCUUUAUGAUUUGCAGGUUUGAUACAGCAUUUGAAAGUACAGCCUAGCAAUGACUGGUCACAUUCAAAUCCCAUUCGGACACAUUAUGGGUGAGCUGUACUGCAACCAGUGGUUUACUUAAUCAAUGAGUUUUUACUUUCGUACAUAUUUUCUCUCAGCUUUUCAUAGUUUUUAUCUCGGUCAUGGUGAUUGAAUAAAAUGUUUGUUGAAAAUUCCGAAAAAAGUUAGAUCCAAAACGAGAUCUUUCUCUCCCGCCUCUUGCUCUCGGCCAACAAGGUGGUGAGAGGGUUGCAAAUCUAUCUAGUCGUUCUUUUGUUUGGCUGUAUUCCUAUUUCCUAUAUUCACUGCCUGAAAAGUGCUCACGCUGGCAUUGUUCUCGAUUUCCUCCAGCAGGCCUAACCAAUCGUGACUGAUGGUGAGUUGUUGGCAGCUGUAUUAAAAAAUGGUUGUUCGUGCUCGCACAAGGAGUAUCUCCAGGCAAAGCAGCACGCCUCAGGUCUUCUCCGCUGAGGGAAAAAGUGCUGCGGCAUAAAUCGGCUUGAUUUGGACAGUUGGGGAACAUACCUGGAUGCAUUGGCAUCCCUUGCCCACUUCUUCCUGCCCCUCGCAUAUUUUUAUGCAUACGCAAAGAACGCCCAGGGGACUGCGACUCGCGAGAUGACUGACUGAUUAUAGUUCUGCCUAAAAGGGGGGGGGGCCUCCAACGUAACAAAACAUCAAAGCGGUCUCUUGGGGGACAGUUCUGCAUUAGGCUCUUCUUUUGGAAAAGUUCCUCAAGCGCACAUGAGCAAGUCAUUGGACUGAUUUUAUUGGGUAAUCAUUCACAGAGCAGAAUACCAAUCUGGUUGGUGAGCAGUUCGAUGACAAAAAGUAAAAUGAUGAGAGGAAGACGACAACAACGAGGAAGAAGAGGAAAAUACUCAUGAGGAUAAUAAUAACAAUGGUGUUGGCGAUGAUGAUGAUGAUGAUGAUGAUGAUGAUGAUGAUGAUGAUGAUGAUGAUGAUGAUGAUGAUGAUGAUGAUGAUGAUGAUGAUGAUGAUGAUGAUGAUGAUGAUGAUGAUGAUGAUGAUGAUGAUGAUGAUGAUGAUGAUGAUGAUGAUGAUGAUGGCGGAGGAGGAGGAGGAGGAGGAAGAGACAAAUAA